UUUAAGCCUCGCCUAAACCUCUUUUCAUACUUUCCUUUCGUUCCUACUCCUCCUACCAUCAUGGUCUCCUACACCCUCAUCUCAACCGUCUUCGCUGCCAUUGCUACAGCUGUCUCUGCCAACAUGGCUCCAAGUGAACCUGCUCCAGGUACCAUUUGGACCAUUGGACAGUCUGGUUUAAUUCAAUGGGCCGAUGACAGUACCUCUCCUGCUCUCGCAACCGACUGGAAGAAGUUCAAGAUUGAUUUCAUGACUGGUGACAACACCAACCAGAUCCUCUUGAGUAAUGUUGCCACUGGACUUGAUGGAACCGCCGCUACUACUUAUAAUUGGACUUGCCCCGAUGUGGAUGUUCACUCAGCUAUCUACUUCUUCAUGUUCACCAGCUUAACCAAGCCAACUGACAUGGCAUGGACCACCCGAUUUGCUAUCGUCGGCGCAGACGGUGUUCAAACUGCUCCUGCUAAUUCCGCUCAACCCGACGGAUCCACCUUGGACGGCAAGGCCAUCCCUUGGGGAGUUGGUCACCUCGUCAACUCCGCUAAUGCUUCUGCUUCUGCCGCCACCAACAGCAUCAUUGCCUCCACUGCCCCUGCUCUCAGCUUGAGCAGCGCUGCUCCUGCCGCCACUGAUUCUGGAGCCGCCGUGAGUGCUGCUGGUUCUUCCCCAGCUGCUGCCUCUCCCUCCACCUCCCAAAAAUCCAGCGCUUCCAAGGUCCUCACCACUGCAGGUCUUGGAUUAGCCGCUGUCGCUGCCGUCAUGAUGGCUAUGUAAAACUAUAACCCAACAACAAUACCAUGCUAUUGUGUUGUUUGCCACCUUGUAAGAAGUACGAAAAAACAAUCAGAAAGUUGAAAUAUGGUCAGAUCGGCCGAUAUCCCCCCUUCUUCCAUUUCUCCCUAUUACCACGAGUUUUCAUUUUGAAAAAGCCGUGAUUUUUUGUUUUCAACAUGUUACCCUUUUUCCUUUUCGUCUCUCCACGUUCUCAUCCUUCUGUUUAAAUACUUAACUAGGAUUUUUUCUGCCUUACAGGGUGAUAGUGUACUUUCACAAACCAAGAGUAAUACAUUUUGAUUUCAGUGAAUCUGUUUUCCAAAAAUAGACAAACCGCCCGAGUAGACUGUGCAGAGCCA